AUGAUGAUGGGUUGGAAGAAGUCCUUAGGGCUGGCGGCCGUUGCGUUGCCAGCCCUUGUCCAUUCGUUUGCACCUACCGAUUCUACACAGGAUGCCGAUCCUCCUCAAUCCGGCUAUCUACCUAAUCAUAAUAUGGAUCCCAAGCUAGUAGCCUCCUCACUAGCUAUGGGAUGGAAAUUGACCUUCAACCUCAAUGAAGUCUUUUAUGCCAAGCCACUGGUCUACACGCCUCCUGGAGCACCAAAUGAAUAUGUUAUUACGGUGUCGAAUCAAAACAAUGUUCGCGUGCAUGAUGGGUUGACGGGUACUUUGAUCAAGAUGCGGACCCUGGAUCCGCCAUUCGCUUCCAGUGAUGCCAACUGUGGUGAUAUGCCGAAUACGAUUGGUAUUGCUGGAACACCAGUCAUCGAUACUGCUUCGGAUACCAUGUACUUCUUUUCGAAAGGGUAUAAGAAUGGUCAAGCUGGACCGCAGGGAGCCAUCAACGGCGUGUACAAGAUGUAUGCUGUCAAGCUUCCGGGUUUGACAGACGUGCCUGGAUUUCCGGUUGUCAUCGAUGGCCAUGCUGCUAACAAUGACCGCACUCGCUACUUUGUAGGAGGUACCAUCCUGCAGAGACCUGGACUUGCCAUGCUUGGCAAUACCAUCGUAGCUGGGUUUGGUGGUCAUUGUGACAGAUUCAACUACACAGGAAUGCUGGUUGCUGUCAGCAAGACGGCCGGAGUUGGUGUUACAAAUAUCCAGGCAAUGCAAGCUAGUCCUGGUGCUCCAUCGCCACAGGAGCUCGACAUCAAUGAAGAAGGAGGUGGAAAAGCCGGCAUUUGGCAGGGAGGCAUGGGAAUUGCUGCUGAUAUUAACCGAGUGUUCUUCAUCACUGGAAAUGCUCGUGGAGCUGGACAGAAUGGAGGAGCAAAUGGCGCUCCAGCAAGUGGCAAGACUUAUCUCAGCACUCUCGAGCAGGCUGUCGUUAACAUGGGCGUCAAUCCAAGCACGGGUGAACUCAAGCAGCAAGAUUAUUUUGAGACAUACGCAUACGACAGUAACAAUGGAGGAGAUACCGAUUUUGGAUCUGGAGGCUUGGCUUUGCUUGACCCAAACGUCUUUUACGGCACAGGUGUAAGCAGAAUUGCAAUUGGCGCAGGCAAAGAUGCAAAGAUGUUCAUCAUGAAUGCGGACAAUCUUGGUGGAUUCGCAGGAGGAAAGGCAGGUGCUGAUAAUGUCCUCCAAACAAUCAAUGUUAGCAAGCAGGUCCUCAGCGGCAUCGGAAGCUACCCACUCGAGGGAGGAUAUGUCUACAUCAACCCUUCUGGUAUGGGUCUGUACGCGUACAAAUUCAGUCGCGAUGGAAAUGGGAAACCGGUGUUCACACAAGCUGGAGUAUCGGACCGAGUAUUUACUAGCAAAUCCGUCCCAACAGUGACAAGUAACAAUGGAGCUCCAGGAUCUGGCAUUGUUUGGCUAACAGACGUCAAUUGGGGUCUUCAAGCCUACAACGCAAUUCCUGUAAAUGGGGUAAUGACUCCAAUCGUAUUUCCAACCACGGCCGCAACUGGAGGUAUCACGAAGUUUCAACGGGCUGUGUUCGGAGAUGGGCGAGUGUAUACUGUCAGAGCAACCUCACUCAUGAUGCUUACUGGCGGAGGCGUCAAAGCAAACCAACCUUUGACUUGUGCUCCUAAUCCAGUUGCUUUUGGCAAUGUCAUGACCGGACAGACGUCGACCCUUCAAAUUAAGUGUACCGCGAACACAGCAAUCACCAAUCCGAAGUGCAACAUCACGUCACCAGUUUUCAAGUGUCCAACAACCGCUCUGCCUACUACUGUGGCUUCUGGAACAUCGUUCACCUUUGGAGUCACAUUUGACUUGACUUCCGCAGCUAUUUUGGCAUGGCAGAACGCAAAUGGAGGCAACCAGCUUCCACCUGGCACACAGGGCAGUAAUCUCAACGUUUAUACGACCACAGCUGCUUCUGGCUACCUACCUGGUGUUGUGGUGCCAAUGUCUGGGACUGUAGUCGCUUCCGGCGGAUAUCUAACAGUCAACCAAACCGUAGCUUCAUUUGGUGGGGUAUAUAUCGGAGGCCAAGAGCCUUCACAAGCUACGAAAUCGGUCCUCCUGUCCAACAAAGGAAGCGCUGCUCUGGUUUUCAAGGGAUUUGCGUGGCAAGAUUACUACGCUGAUGGAAUGCCUUACCACAACGUUACUUUGCCAAUUGUCGGAAACGGAUAUACCUCGCCAACAUUUCCUGCUAUUGGGACCACAUUGGCAGCAGGAGCAACUCUUACCAUUCCUUUGGUGUUCAAGCCGAGCGCCACCGGAAUCUGGGCUUCCUAUCUCACAUGGUGGAGUGACGGAGGAUACACCACGUUGUUGAUGCAGGGUAUCGCUGAACCAGGAGCUGCUGUUUCAUCUUCCACAAGCAAAUCAUCAUCCUCAACUUCAAAGCCUCUGACUUCGACAUCGAGCACAAAGGUUUCUACAAGCACAUCUCAGCCUAGCUCCAGCACUUCGAAGCCAAGUACAAGCACGUCGAAGCCAUCAUCGGUCAGUACAAAGCCAACCACCAGUACCUCUGCACCAACCUCGACCAAAUCAUCAGCAGCCCCAACAGCUACAGGGCCUGCAAUCAAGCCAACGGUCGGCAAUUAUAACGUCCAAGGUUGCUGGACCGAGUCGACGACUGGCAGAGCCUUGAACAAGAAGACUUAUGCAAACGAUUUAAUGACACUAGAGAUGUGUGCGACUUUCUGCUCUACCGCCCCAGGGAACACGAUGUUCGGCGUUGAGUAUGGUCGUGAAUGCUACUGUGGCGAUGUUUUGAGUGCAGGAAGUGUCAAGGCAGACAACCAAGCCGAUUGCAACUUUUUGUGCCCAGGCGAUCCGCUCACCUACUGCGGAGCUGGAAAGAGAUUACAGCUUUACAGUCUUGGGGCCGCUUCAUCUUCCAGUACAAUUAAGUCAUCAUCAUCGGUUGCGACUUCAAGAUCAAGCACAUCUGUUUCGACUGCAAAGCCAAGUUCCAGCACAAAGUCGUCAUCUCCAACAUCGUUUUCAACAUCCACAAAAGCCACUUCAACCUCGAAACCUGCAAGUUCUACCUCCUCGUCGGCUUUACCUUAUGUCACACCUCCUGCUCCCAAACAGGUUGCGUAUACCUGGAGUAUUGGAUGGGUACAAGCAUCCCCAGAUGGGUUCUCUCGCCCAAUGAUCGGCAUCAAUGGUCAAUUCCCCUGUCCUCCCCUCAAAGCCAACAUGGGGGACACUAUCAAGAUCACCUUGACAAACAACCUGGGAAACCAAAGUACGGCUAUCCAUUUCCAUGGUAUCUUCCAGACCGGUACUGCAUAUUCCGAUGGACCUGCCAUGGUCACUCAGUGUCCAAUUCAACCUGGCGGUACGUUCGUGUACGAGUUCAAAGUAAAUCAACCAGGCACCUAUUGGUUUCAUUCUCAUGUCGGGGGCCAAUACAUUGAUGGUCUCCGCGGACCUCUCAUCGUCAACGACGUCAACGCGCCAUACCGUGGUAUUGACACGGAAUACACACUCACGCUAAGCGAUCUUUACCACACAGAAGCGCCGCCCUUGAUCAACUACUACCAAUCAACUGAUAAUGCCAACCAGAACAACGGCGCGGAGCCGGUACCUAAUUCGGGACUUAUUAAUGAGGCUCAGAAUGGCAAUUUCCCGAUGGUCGCUGGCAAGAAAUACCUAUUCCGGAUCAUCAACAUGGGAGCUUUUGCGCCGUUUUAUCUGCAAUUCGAUGGCCAUGAUAUGACUGUCGUGGAAAUCGAUGGCGUAUAUACAACACAGAAGACCGUCAGCCAAUUAUUCAUCACUGUUGCCCAACGAUACAGUGUGAUAGUCACUGCGAAAUCGGAUAGUACCAAGAAUUUUGCUAUUAAAGCAUCAAUGAGCACGGACAUGUUCAAUCCUACGAUUAUCCCUGCCACUUUCAAUACAGAAGUCUCGGCUUAUCUCGUUUACAACUCGGCUGCACCACUUCCUGCGCCUCUCACUAUCAACCCACUUCCUUUUGACGAUUCGAUCUUUACACCAUACGACCAGCAAGCGGCUCUCGAGCCCGUCACUAUGCCAAUUGAAAUGACCAUCAGCUUUGGGACCAAUCAGAAUGGGCAAUUCCGUGGCUACCUCAAUGGGAUCGACUAUAUCCCACAGAAGGUCCCCACCCUGUACACAGCCAUGAAUGCCCCGCUUACCCAAGUCAACAACCCAUCCAUCUACGGUGCCAAUACCAACUCUUACGUUCUUCCGCUUAAUGCAGUGGUGGAACUCACUUUACAGAAUCACGAUUCUUUCGCCCAUCCUUUCCAUCUCCAUGGCCAUAAUUUCCAAGUUAUUUCUAGGACAUCUGGAGGACCAGACUUCCCUAUCAACAUUCCCGCAGGAGCACCGAUGCGCCGUGAUACCGUCCAAGUCAUGUCUGACGGCUCAGUUACCAUCCGCUUCAAGGCUGAUAAUCCCGGUAUCGCGCUUUUCCAUUGCCACAUUGAGUGGCAUGUUGAAGCAGGAUUGACGGCAACUUUCAUUGAAGCUCCAACUGAGCUGCAAGCGGCGAAACUGUAUAUUCCAGUCAGUCACAGAGAUGUGUGUGAUAUACAGGGUAUUCCGAGGAAGGGCAAUGCGGCGGGUAAUUCGAAGAACUACCUGGAUCUAAGUGGUGCCAACAUUGUUGCUGAUACAGACAUGUGGGGUGCCCUUGUCACGAAGCCCACAAGUCCAGCUGCAGCAUACCCACUCGGCUGA